AUGAGAGUGUCUCAUAUAAAAAAUUAUCUUGACGAUCAAGUGUCGCAUAUGGAUUUUAUCUCAAGUGCUGUGAAUAACUUAACAAGUGUUGGUGUGUCUAAUGUGUCAUCACAUCGUAUUGAAACGCGAAAAACCGCCCUUCAAGAGGAAUGGAGUAAAUUUACAUUGAAAAAUGAUGCAAUUAAAAUUGCUGUCCGUCGAUUAACAUCGCGAGAUAAGGAAUACAUUUUUCGACGCUCUUAUUUUUCUGAAAAGCUUUUCAAUGCCACACAAGAAGCAUAUCUUGAAGCUUUGGAAACUAUAGAUUCAAUGCUUGAUCGUUUAAAAAAGGAUUCACGUUCCCCUUCUGUUCAAUCAGGUUCACAAGUGUCAUCUUUUCCCUCAAGCGGACAUUCUGGUCCACGUUUACCUUAUUUAAAUUUACCGAGUUUUGAUGGUUCUCCCUCGGAAUGGCUACCUUUUAAAGAUUUGUUUGAUUCUAUGGUGUUAUCAAAUUUAUCUUUAUCACCCGUACGGAAACUACACUAUUUAAAACAAUGUCUCAAAGGAACUGCAGCUUAUUUACUAAAAAAUACAACAUUAACAAAUGACAACUUUCAAAAGGCAUGGGAUUCUUUAAUUGCUUUCUAUGAAAAUAAACGGUUAUUAGUCAAUUCAGCUUUGUAUUCAUUUAUCACACUCAAAAGAAUGACAAAGGAAUCAUCUGUGGAAAUGGAAAACUUAUAUACUUCUGUCACGCAAAUUCAUCGUUCUUUAGAAACUCUCGGCAGAUCAGUUGAUAAGCAGGAUGAUUUCUUCGUUUUUCAAACUGUGCAAAAACUGGAUUGCGACUCAAUAAAAGCGUGGGAGCUGCAUUUAGGCUCUUCUCAAGACCCUCCGACGUGGAAAAAACUUGUUAAAUUUUUACUUACUAGACUGUUAACUCUCAAAGCUGUAGAAAAAUCACGUAAUCCUGCAAAUUCAUCAAGUUCACAACCUGCAAGAGUGAAUCUAGCAUCAGAGGAUCAACAAAACAAUACUCAGUGCUCUAUUUGUUCAGGAGAACAUUAUAUAGCUAAAUGUCCGGAAUACACGGGAAAAACUGUUCAAGACCGCAAUGAAUUAGUGAGAAAGAAUAGACUAUGUUACAACUGUCUCGGAUCACAUCGUGUUGCUGAUUGCCGUUCGACAAGACGAUGUAUGAAAUGUGCUAAAAAACAUCACACAACCAUUCAUCGGGCCAAUAAAGAAAAUUUUGACAAAGCUACCAAAGAAAAUAAUGAAACUUCUUCUUCCGAUUCAAGUGCUCAAGUGAACUGUGCAUCAGUGAAUCAAACUUCUUCACCUUCCAAAACUAUCUUAGCAACAAUUCAACUCAUUGCAGCAUCUGAUAAAGGAGAACAACUUAAAGUUAGAGCGUUAGUUGAUCCAGGAUCUCAAAUUUCGUUUAUUUCUGAAAAACUUGUGCAAACUCAUCUCAAUGAUCUUCAACUUGCUGAUCCUGAUAUCACGUCGUCGAGCGAAAUUGAUAUAAUCAUUGGAGCUGAUUAUUAUGGAUUAAUUUUGGAAGAAGGAAUUCGUCGUGGAUCUUCCUCGUCUCCAGCUGCUCAAGCAACAACUUUGGUUGGAUUCUUUUUGGUCCAUCAAAUUCAUCACCAGCAAUAA